AUAACAUUUCCAUGGAGAACAGUGAAACAACUCUGGCAUAUGAAACUGACUAUGGAGACCAGGUCUGUGACAAGGAACAGGUUGCCAAGUUUGGCUCAAUGGUCACCCCUGCCUUUUACUCUGUUGUCAUCAUCUUGAGUCUGGUUGGCAAUCUUUUGGUUCUCAUAAUCCUGGUUCUGUACGAAAACCUCAAGUCUCUCACUAACAUCUUCAUCCUCAACAUGGCCCUGUCGGACUUGUUGUUCACCGCGAGCCUGCCCAUCUGGGCGGUUAACGACAUCUGGGGAUGGAUUUUUGAGGAGGUCACCUGUAAAGCCAUCACUCUGAUUUUCUAUGCUGGGUUCUACAGCAGUAUGUUGUUCCUGACAAUCAUGACUAUUCACCGCUACCUUGCCGUGGUUCAUCCUCUGUCCGACCUUGGUGCACAGAAGGGCUGCUAUGGGUUCGUGUCCUCCCUCAUCAUUUGGAUUGUUAGCUUUGCUGCAGCAAUACCAGCGCUGAUUUUCACGGAUGUCCAGUUGAACCCGCACACAGACUUGUGGCACUGUGAAUACGAGGAUGUCUGGUGGAAAGAAAUCGGUACCUACCAACAAAACUUGUUUUUCUUGUCUGCCUUUGCAGUUAUGGGUUUUUGUUAUGUGAGGAUAUUGGGGAAAAUUCUCAAGUCAAGAUCACACAUGAGGAAUAGAACUGUGAAGCUCAUUUUCAGUAUUGUGGCCGUAUUUUUCUUGGGUUGGACUCCGUAUAAUGUGGUUAUAUUUUUAAUGAAGAUGUCUGACUAUGUACUUAUUGAAUGUGAAGACAGCACAAAUCUUGAUUACGCGUUCUAUGUGUGUCGACUCAUUGCAUUUUCCCAUUGUUGUCUCAACCCUGUAUUCUAUGCAUUCCUUGGAGUGAAGUUCAGAAAUCAUUUGAAAGUAAUUUUGUCGAAAGUUUUUAAUCGGCAAAGCACAGAUGUUUUACAGAGCAGAACGGUUAACGUCUACUCAAUGGGAUCAAUGUACUGAGUGUACGUUUUCAGACAGUGAGUGUCACACAAACAACAACAAUUCUACAGAGCUUCAGGAAACAUUUUAAAGAACAUUGUAUUGGUCAAUAGUAUCACUUAAAGUCAAUAAAAUCCAUAAAUUAGUGGUCAGGGGAAGAAUGUAGAAACAGUAAAAACUGAAAGACGCCGUUGAAUCCCAUGCACCAGUGCUGAAUACACAUACUUAAAAGCACGUAGCCUAUUGUACGCCCUAGCAACAAGCUGUAAUCAUUAUUUUGGUUUAGUAAAUAGUCGAUAAGCAUCUGAUUCCCCGUGUCCACGGGUACAGAGACUGAGGGCGCUUCCGAAUAGUACGCUCCCUCGUGCCCCUCAGUAACUGGUACAGUAGAUAGUGUACAUACACAAGACUAACGGUAAGUUAAAAACUUGCUACUUUAGAAAACAUUUAAUUCAAAGUAAUGUUAAAGUAGAAAACAACUUUUCGAAAGAGGAUUAAGUGUUGAUUGGACUAUAACCUUUGUGACUGGUUUUCGUUGUAGAAAACGUUUAAGAUCGUUAAGGCAUAAUUUGUUUUUCUUACCUUAUUUGUGAAAUGCAAAAUGUCAAAGAAAUUUCACUUUUUUUCAGAUGUGUUCUGUCCGCAAGAUCCUUAAUAUUUUAAUCGGAAUUAACGUCAUAAAAAUCUCUGAUACAUUCUCUGAGGGCAAUUACCCAGGGUUUGAGCGGUCUUGUGGUUCCUUGUUGCCUGACCAUCUUCCAUUUAGUGUGAGUCCCGGAGAAGCACCAUUUAGUGUCAGGCCAUUAUAUGUCAAUGCUAAAAAAGGUGAAGAGGUUCCAGUGAAGCUUAAAUCUGAAACAACUGCCAUGUUUAUGGGAUUCAUGUUGGAUGCCCGAAAAUCAUCAGAUGUGAAUGAGCCCUCAGUUGGCAAGUUCAAGGUUAACAGUUUUACGACAUUGCUAAAUUGUUAUGGGCUUCAUGGUUCAGCUGUUUCUCAGAAGGACCAACUUGAAAAGACAGAAGUCACUGUAACAUGGAUCGCACCUGAAACUGGAACUUUCUAUUUUCGGGCUGCAUUUGUACAAGAUUAUGUAACAUUCUGGAAACCAAAUGAUAUUGUACUAGCUACAACUCCAUCUCCUAGUAGCACAUCAACAUCUCCCAUUACUACGUCAACAUCUCCCAUUACUACAUCAACAGCUCCCAUUACUACAUCAACAGCUCCCAGUACUACAUCAACAGCUCCCAUUACUACAUCAACAGCUCCCAGUACUACAUCAACAGCUCCCAGUACUACAUCAAAAUCUCCCAGUACUUCAUCAACAGCUCCCAGUACUACGUCAACAGCUCCCAGUACUACGUCAACAGCUCCCAGUACUACAUCAACAUCUCCCAUUACUACAUCAACAGCUCCCAGUACUACAUCAAAAUCUCCCAGUACUUCAUCAACAGCUCCCAGUACUACAUCAACAU